GUGGAGUUCCGGUCUAGAUGAGUUGGCAGUCAGCUUACAGGUGAGAUGGACUAGUGCUGAGAUACUUAUUAGGAGCGCCAUGCUACAGACGUUGGCGGAGUCCUUUCUUGGAUCAGAAAGACGGAACAUAAGAAAGACACCUGCACCUUCGAUAUUCAACGCAUCUCAACCCUCCCGAUCAACAUUCAGCCCUAUACCUCAAUCGUCGCCAUGGGCUAUGUUGUACUCAUGUUCGUCACCCGAAAGCCAGGCAUGAGCUUCGAAGCUUUUGUCGACCAUUACGAGAACAAGCAUAUUCCUCUCGUACUUGAAAUCAUCGGCGACGACGCCCCCGUCCGCCAUACUCGACACUACGUCAGGAGCAACCCAGGUAGUGCCGAAGGGAGCGAUGUUCAUUCACCACCUGCAACCACCGACUUUGACUGCCUCACUACGGUAGAGUUCAGAGAUGAAGCGCAUUUCCAUCGCGUUUUCGCAAACAGUCGGCGCAAGCAGGAAUUGGAAGAUGAUCAGGCGGCAUUCAGCGAUAAGACAAAAUUUCGGGCUGUCGCUGUCGAGGACCCGAAAGUCACAGUACCUUGACAAUAUGAGCACAUUGCAGAGAAAGCCACGGGACAAGCAUUGGCCGUUUGUAAAUGUCAGGUUCAUUCAGGAUCUCUCCAUACACUCGAUGAACACCA